AAGAUUUGAAAUAGCUGGGAGGAUAAAGGAAAGGAUAAUUUCUGACAGCUUAAUUAUUAAGUAGAAAUUACACUUUGGAACUGCAUUUUAAAAAUGAGUUAAAAAUGAGAAAUGGGACAGAUUCAAAACUAUUAAUACCUGCUACUCGGCAUCUCUUUUUUGGCUCAGCUCUGUAAAAGGCUGUAUACGUUCUGCCAUUCUUCAAAAGCACAUAAAUAUACUGGGUGAGAAUUACAGCAUCUGUGCAGAACGGAUUGGUAGGGGUGGGUAAGAGUUAAAUAACUUUCUCAGGGGUAACGUGACACGCUCAGAGGCUUGGCCUGAGUCAUGCACACUGAAACACCCAGUGGGUCACAUCCUUUCCCUGCAGAGGACCAGGGCAUGUUUCCUGCCUGCUCAGCACAGCAGGGCAUACUUCUUCCACCAGCAGAGCGAGCCUUUCAUCUGCUGCUACCACAUGGAACUGGGGUGAAUCUGUGCUCUGUGAUUUUACACAUUUGAUAACAUUUGGGAAACAGGAUUUAGAUCAUCAAAAUGAAAGACCUCAUCUCUGCAGCUGCUGGACUACUGCUUCUGGUGCCUUCUUUUUGUCAAAGCGGCAUGAAAGAUGAUGCAGAUAACUGGGCAACACCAACCCUACCUAUUAAGACCUUUCGUGGAGCUCCCCCAAAUUCUUUCGAAGUGUUCCCCCAUUCUGCCAUAGAAGGCAGGACAGAAGACAUCCUAACUGUGAAAAUUAAGUGCCCCGAAGAAAGUGUUUCAAAUCUCCUCGUGAAUAAUGCUACCAUGGGGUACCUGAGCAGCUCCUUAAGUACCAAACUGAUACCUGCCAUCUAUAUCCUGGUGUUUGUAGUUGGUGUGCCAGCCAACGCCGUGACCCUAUGGAUGCUCUUCUUCAGGACCAGAUCCGUCUGUACGGCUGUCUUCUACACCAACCUGGCCAUUGCAGAUCUUCUUCUGUGUGUCACGUUGCCCUUUAAGAUAGCUUACCAUCUCAAUGGGAACAACUGGGUAUUCGGAGAGGUCAUGUGCCGGGCCACCACAGUCAUCUUCUACGGGAACAUGUACUGCUCCAUUCUGCUCCUCACCUGCAUCAGCAUCAACCGCUACCUGGCCAUCGUCCAUCCUUUCACUUACCGGGGGCUGCCCAAGCGCACCUAUGCCUUGCUGACAUGCGGAUUGGUGUGGGCAACGGUUUUCUUAUACAUGCUGCCAUUUCUCAUCCUGAAGCAGGAGUAUUAUCUUGUCCAGCCGGAUAUCACCACCUGCCAUGAUGUCCACAACACAUGCGAGUCCUCGUCUCUCUUCCAACUAUUCUACUUCAUCUCCUUAGCAUUCUUUGGAUUCUUAAUUCCAUUUGUGGUUAUUAUCUACUGCUACACAGCCAUCAUCCGGACACUUAAUGCAUAUGAUCAUAGGUGGUUGUGGUAUGUCAAGGCAAGUCUCCUCAUCCUUGCGAUUUUUACUAUUUGCUUUGCUCCAAGCAAUAUUAUACUGAUUAUUCACCAUGCGAACUACUACUACGACAGCACUGAUGGCUUAUACUUUAUCUAUCUCAUAGCUUUGUGCCUAGGCAGCCUGAAUAGUUGCUUAGAUCCAUUCCUUUAUUUUCUAAUGUCAAAAAUCAGGGAUCACUCCACUGCCUACCUUACAACAGUGAAAUCGUCUUAGAGAACAAGGAAAGCUAUCUGGGAAGACAUACGUUCUUGGGGUGACAUAUGCAUAGUGCAAGCUGUUCUAUUCUCUAGCACCAUUUUUGAGCUCCUAAGAAAUAGUGCUUCAAAAAUCAAACAUUACACAAGCACUAGUCACUGUUUUUUUUAAAAUACUUUAUCAGUAUUUUAAGAAUGUUAAUGAGAAGAAAAGAUAGCAUUACUCUUUAUGGCAAGGGACACAUUUCCAUUUGCCUUCCUGCUACUUUGGUUCUCUAAACCUCUGCCUUCCUGAUUCUCAGAGGCACUGCCAUCCUUAAAUUUUGGCAUUAUAUUUGAUCCUUCUGUCUCCUCCGACUUUCACGCUGGUGGCUGCCUCACCAGCUGACUCUAUCUUCGUAGCGUCCUUCAUUAGGGUGGCGUCCUUCAUUAGAGUAGUGUCGUUCAUUAGGGUCACUUAUCCCAGUCCCAUCAUUGCCGCCUCUUCAUUCUCUUCACUGCCAGCCUACCCUCCAUUUCACAGGUCCUGCCAGAUUCAUGCUCCUCAAAUACCAGCUUGAAUACAUCACUCAAAAACCUCCACCGACUCCCCACUGCUUCUGCAACGAAUUAUAAACCUUAAGCCUGGCAUUCAGGGCUAACUGUCUAACCUGACUGCCUGUAACAUAGGCACCAGUCACACUUCUUGCUCUGUUGUGAUACUGACUUUUACUCUCUCCCUACUUCUUCCUCUGACCGAAAAGCUAGUUCUUAACAUCUUUGCCUUAAUUCUGUCCAUCUCAAAGUCUGCUAAGGACCAUUCUUCCCUGGUUCUCAGGCUAGCAGUGUCACUUUUCUCAUUUGAACUUCCAAAGUGCUUUCUUAUAUUUUUUUUAUUAUGGCAGCUAUAUAGAAUUCAUUGAUAUACAAAUAUUAAUUCCAUGAACAAUUAAGCAUUACAUAUAACGGAGAAGGUGCUUGUCCUCACUCUCCUUUGAGCUUCUUGCUGGCUCCAGGCUCUGUGGGUCCCAGCUCCAGGCUUUGCAUAUCACGUGGCUGAAUGAAUUUUAAAAAUCCCAAAGCAUCUAAACACCAUGAAAGCCCAUGACAUUCAUACUGAAAAGGCAACAUACUUUGUAUGAUAUGGGACAUCAUCAUUCCUGGUUAAGCAAAUAAAAAAAAAAAAAGAGGAAGCUAAACUAAGAAUAUACUCAUAAGGUCAUCUAGAAGUUUAAAAUAAUGCCUCCACUAUUUUUCUUCCUUAGACAUCACUUUUAAUGGGGAAAUCGUAUGUUAUUAUAAAUGCCCAAUAGUAUAUUCCUGUAGGUAACUGACUAUGUUCCCUUAACUUAGGGAUUAGAUAGCAGGGGACAGUAGUAGUUAAGGGUGGGUGGUGGUAGUGAAUAUAAGUGAGGUUGAGGAAACCUUUAAGCAUAAAGGAUUGCUGAGAUGAAUUUACAAGUCUGUAGGAAUGUGCAUUGGCUAUAUACUUUGUAAUGACCAUCAAAAUAAUAAAAAACGAGUUUAAAUGCA